ACUAUAUUUCUGCGUAACUCUUCAGAUGAAUUAGAGUUCUCUGUACCAUAGAUGAACAUAGUUAUAUUCAUAGAUUUCUUGAAGAAAUGCCGAAAGGAAAUACAACAAUUUAAAGAACUUGGAAAUUUAGAGAGAUAGGACUGUCACUGAUUUUGAACUGUUUUAUAAUUUUAAGAUGUAUACUGUUGAUAAUAUAGUAUAUUCCAGCUCACCCUAACCCUAAAAUCUCAGCAACUCAACACAGAGUUUAUUUCUGUGGCUCACAAGGCUCAAUGAAGGCACACCUGAUUGAGGAGGGGCGACUGUCACUCAGAAAGCCAUCACUUCAGAUUUGUUUAUGUCCACCCUUAUUCCAUUACCCAAAUGAGUCACACCAGGGACCUGGGAAAUACCAUUUUCUUAGUGCCCAGGAGGGAAACAAAAUGGAUUGACAAAACAUUGCUUUUAACCAUAAUGUUAAUCAUCUCCCCUCCCCACCUGCCCACCCCACCUCGCCCUGCAGCAUAGCCCCUGAAAGCAGACUGCCAAGAUUGACAUCCUCGCCCUUCCACAUACCAUCAGCUGUCCUGGACAAAGUCCCAGAGGCCAAGAAGAGCCAUGGGACCCACGCUGGUCACGCUGCAUGUUCUGCUGGGUGGCUUCUUCAUGUUCACCGGGACAACCAAGAUUAUGUGGAUGCCGCCGGUGGAGUUAGAGCACCUGGAAGCCCUGAUCAAGCAGUUCACCGAGGUGUUCCCGUCACACUUGAUCAGCCACCAGGCAGAUCCCCUGAGCUAUUGGGAAGCUAUGGGUUGGCUGGAACUGCUAUCCGGGUUCCUGCUGGUCGUGGGCUCACCGAUACUUCAAGAAAUCAGUAAAUUGAUCUUGACCCUGCUCAUGAUCGGAGCUGUCUUCACUUUGAUGUGUCUGCAGGAGCCCCUGAGCACCUGCAUCCCGACCAUCAUCUGUCUGGGGCUCUUGCUGCUGCUGGAUAUCUGCCAGCUCUUAGCCCAAAUCAAGAGCAUGGUGGGACCCAGCAAGAAGAAAGCUUCAACCAAGGUGAAGUAACGGUGGGAGUAGAGAAUUGCUCCUGUCUGUGUCAUGUCACCCUCACAGCAGGAACAUGGUGCACACAGAGAUUGCCACCUUGCUACCCAAAGUGCCCAAGCCCAUUGAUGUUUACCUGGCCCUGUGUGCAUGCAAGCUCUCUCAGUUUAACUUUCCCCCCCCUCCGGGGGAAAACAUGUUACAUGUACUGACAUUCCUCGUGUCAUGUGAAAAUAAGAAAUAAGCACUUUUAACGCCUUGUUAUAACUACCUCUCUUGUUUUCUAUGACUUUAUACAAAUAAAAUUUUUCAAUGAAAAUGA